CGCUUCCUGUACAGCCCCCAUCAUGGCUCGACUUCCGGAGUCACCUCGUCGUGGGUUCCGCGUGGAAGCCGCCACUUCUAGGACAACUCUCUUUGCCCUCCUACCCCUCAGUUCCCCCACCUAGUGAUGGCUGCCAGCACGUCGUCGUCGUCCCCUGCAUCGUCAGCCCCAACCGCAGCUCCAGGCAAAACCCCGCUAAUGGGGGGUUGCCUGAGCUGCCGCCUUUUAUCGGGAAUGGGGCUGUUGGGGGCGGGCGGCUACGUGUUCUGGACGGCGCGGCGGCCCAUGAAGCUUGGCUAUGCCCCCGGCCCCGGGACCAUCUUCCAGAUGGUCGUUGGCAUCAGCAUCGCCUGUUGGGGAUUAGUCAUACUGGUGGAUCCUGUAGGAAAAAAUCAUCCCAUAGACGCAAAGAAGUGAUGGUGAUGAUGAUGAAGUUUGCAUCUUCUACAACCCAACCACUCGCUCUUAGGAACAGUCCAGCUGCUCCAGAGGACAACGAGAACCACGAAUAUUCCAGGACAGUGAUCAGCCUCAGAUCUGUAGAUACCUGAAGGGGAGAUGGACAAAGCGUGCUUUCCUGUUUUCUUUUUGCCCAGGCCUGCCCCUCCCCUCACAACUGUGAAUAAAUUUCUCUUAGAAAA